AAAAAAACCCUGGAAUCUCAGCCAUGUCCAAAGGGCAUAGGCAAGAAAGAACCCACCAGUUUUGCCACUUGGUUCACCAAAAUUUGCCUAACAAACAACUUGAACCAGAACCAGGCAACCAAUCUCUCUCAUCAUCCAUCCAAUUGCCAUUUCUGAGCUUUCUAUUGUACUUGGAAGGAUGUCAAGCUAUUCAAUUGAGUCCACUACAGUAGAAACCAAUGAUGGAGUGAAGCUCCUGACAAGGCUCUUCAAGCCCAUAGAAGAUGAGAUCAAAGACAAAUUGGUGAUUGUUCUUGUCCAUCAGUAUUCAGUCUUGGGUGGUUGUCAAGCUCUUUUAAAAGGAAUGGCAAUUGGGUUGGCACAGAAAGGUUACAGGGCUGUCACUUUUGACAUGAGAGGUGCUGGGAGUUCCACAGGGAGGCCUUCUCUCACUGGGUUUUCUGAAAUCAAGGAUGUAAUUGCUGUCUGCAAAUGGGUUUGCGAAAAUUUAUCAACUGACAAGAUUUUGUUGGUGGGUUCCUCUGCAGGUGCACCAAUUGCAGGAUCGGCAGUAGAUGAGAUUAAGGAAGUGGUUGGAUAUGUAAGUCUGGGAUAUCCUUUUGGCAUGAUAGCCUCAAUCCUUUUUGGGCGACAUCACAAGGCCAUCUUACAGUCUCCAAAACCAAAACUCUUUGUUAUGGGAACCCGGGAUGGGUUUACCAGUGUUAAGCAGCUAAAGAACAAGCUGAGCUCUGCUGCAGGACGCAUUGAAACGCAUCUAAUUGAAGGAGCAGGACACUUCCAAAUGGAAGGCCCUGCUUAUGAUAAUCUGAUGUUGAACCUUAUCCUCACGUUGAUUGCAUCUUUAUAGGACUUUUAUGUAGUCUCUGAGUUGACGUUUAUUGCAUCUUUAUAGCUAGCUUCUGAGUUGUGAUGAGUUAGACUGCCUUCUGUGAUCAAUGUGUAUUGUUUGCAUUUGCUGAUUUUUCAUCUCUGCUUGAUUUGCAGGAUGAGUGAAAAUACAGCAACCAUUCCAGUAA